CAUGAGAACGAACGGAAUUGGACUCGAGGGAUGAAGUGGCAUCAGGUUAUCAUCCAUCUGCUAGAGAUGCGGUGUGCCGUUUUGAGAGAGGGCUUGGAAGUCCUCUUCCCAAUAGAGCAAAGGGAAUGGAAGCCAACGAAAUGGAGAGGCAUGGCAUGGCAGGGUUUGGAAGCAGCCAUCGAUAGAGAGCAAACAGAUUGAACGUUGCGGCAACCACGACACCCCGUCGCUGUUUCCGCUCCAACCAUCCCGAUCGCACCGAUGGUGCCUCCUCCUCCUCCUCUUUAGCAGCAGCAGCAUUUCAUCUCAACAGCUUCGAUUGAUGGUGCUGUGUGUUUGUUCGAAGUUUUCGUGGGAUCAGGAGAGUGACGUAUGGCCGCAUGCCCCUCAUAGUUCACGCGUCGAAGUCAUUUUGGUUAUCCUAGAUGGAAAUUGAAUCGCUUCAUCUGAGUAGUCGCGAUUCAAUGUUAGCGACAUGCAUGCAUUCCUUCUGACGGAAACGUGUUUUGUAGUAUGGCGUCGGGAGCAAUGGCUGUAUGUAUUUCGGUUUGGAAACUGUUGUGCGCUGAGCAUGAGUCGUACACCUAGUUGUCCUCUGAGUUUUUGAGUGGAUUAACGGAAUUUUGUUCUCUUCAUGUAUUUCGAGCCUGGUUCAAUUUUGUGUGGUAAUUCUUGACGGGAGAAUUCUAGGUUUGUCAACUGCAGAGGUGUUGAUGGAACCUAUAGCAGUUGAAGGCUCGAUGUUGUUCCGUCAUUUGUUACUAGACUGCAUCGUAGGAUGUAUGUCGGCUCGUUUUGGAAGACAUCUUACUGCUAUAAAUGUGAGUUGCUAGUGUACAGUUUGUUGGUCUCAGAGUAGUUCACUUGAAGUGAGUGAGGAAUCGACCAAUUCUUGUUACAAUUCUGUAAUUAUGUUGCUUUAUAUUAUACAAAUGCACUCGGCUUUCGUGGCGCUUGCUGGACAUGGUUAAACCAUGCUCAGUUUUCAGAUCUUGGGCCCUGCACUUUUCCCUUUCCACAAUAUUCUGUGUAAAAAACUUUCCGCUCAGUAUGGACCAGCUAUUUGAUUCCUUACUAUCUUGUUUAUAUCAAUCUCUCAGUAUGAGUUUCAGCGAAAAAGCGUAUUCCCUCUUCACCCCUAAUUGCAGCUUUUUGCCACUAAUUACAUGUGAUGCCUUUGACUUUCGGAUUUUCUAAGCAGAUUUGGAUCCAAACCUUUACUCUUACAAAAAGCUUAUUGUAGUUAACACUGCAUCUGAGGGAAUAGGUGUUUGAAAAGACCUUGUUUCCGCUAUUCUUUAUCCCUUUUCAAGUGUUUGGGAUACUUGUCAUUAAAUGCGAAGUGUUUUUCUCGUCUUCAAAAUGAUGAGCACAACCACCAGUUUGUCGUUAAGGUUAUUAAAUCAUGAUCUUCCGACUUUCUUUUUCUUGAUGGAUCCUCGGCUGUGUUAUAGAAGUCGUAUGGAGGCCAUGCCAGUACAAGAAUGCAGCAGCUUACGCGCUGAUGAUUUCCACACGAGACUCCGCUUAAAAGCAGCCUAGGGAGGUGUAUGGACGUUGCAAAUAUUCAGCAACAGAUAACCUUCAGGGUUUUUGAUCUGCCAAACUUCUGCUUCAAGCGAUUUAUGAUUCCAAUGCAGCUACGGAAACGAAAGCCGGUGAACUACUCUGAUGAUCAUGCCCUCUUCUCGAAGUUGCUUUCAGAAACUGAAGACCCCGAUAGCAGCGACACGAACAAUUUCUUAAUGGGAAACGUAGCUGCUCAUGGAAAAUCCAAGACAGACAUUGAAGCUUCAUCAGAGGGAGAUGUUGAAACUGCCCUGGCUCGCAGUUGGGGGAGCUUUCAUCUUCGUAGCGUCCUUGGUGGACGCAGGGGGCAAAACUCAAAUCAAGAUGGAGGUGACACUUUUGUGAAAACCAGCAAGCUAGCAGGGAUGACUACCUCGGAACGUGUCGAUGUGCUUGUAAGAGGAGCAGGUUUAAGUGAUGUAGCCCUGUUAUCAGAAGAAAAUUCCAAUUCAAUGAGUGGCUUCAAUGGUUUUAUUAGGAUGGCUCUACCCUCAUUUCAAGAAGAGAAAAGAAAGAGAAAAUUAGAGGAACUUGAAAAAGUCCGAAACUGGGAGCGUCCUUCAAGUUGUUUGGGUUUGAAGGAAGGUCACUUUUGUGAUCCUGCACAUCACAUGCGUAAUGACAAUGGUAUACGACCAGCGGCUCCAAGAUCUGCCCCCACAGUUGGUCAACAUGAUGUCUCAUGUAACGAAGAAAGUCGUCACCUUCCGUUGCACGAAAUUCAGCUCAAUGGAAAAGAAAGUCCUACCAGCGCAUCCUUGGACAAGUUCCAGGAGGAACUUAGCACUGUUAAUGUGGCGAACGGUUCUUAUCAAGAUGAGCACACAGCAGAAGAAAUGAACUGUCGUGAACUGUCUGAGAAGGAGAAGCUUUCUCUAAAUUCUGGCGAUAAAGUAGAGGCUUGUUUGCCAGAUUUGGAUGAUCCUUCCACUUCCGGUGUGGAGGACCACGCGACACUUGAUGUUUCUUCCAGCCGUCCUAAGAGGUUGCGAAGGAUCCGCCAAGUUUCUAGCAUGAAACAGAAAUUGGGAAGCGGUAGAAUGGCAAUGGUAGAUGACCUCGCGUAUCAUCAAUUUGUGGAAUGCGAGAGCAGUGUCAAAACAGCAAGGGUGAAGAUUGAAGGAAUAGCCCCUAGUUCUAGUUACGAUGGUGAAUACAAACUUGAAGGAAGUGAUAAUUUCGGUCAUAAUGAUGAUCUAAGCCUGGAACUUCCUUUCAAUAAACACGAAAAUCGACCUUACUUAGUUCGACGAAUCGGUCGGGUGGAGAAGAUUUUGUCGGUCAAGAGUAGAGAUGCAGGCGCUGAUGCCGUCUUCCGUGUGAAGGAGACCCUACGAAGUUAUAGGGAAACGGUCAGCGUCCAGGGCUCUGUCCUGCAGAAACACUGUCCUCAGCUUCUGAGGAGUUUCCACAAGCGCAUGGAUCACUUAGGAAGGAAGAGUGGUCAUACUCUUGAUGAUACGAACUCUCCCGACUUUGACCCUGUCUAUACCAAAAUAGAUAGGAUAAUUGCAUCUGAGCAACGUGGAUCCAAGAAAUACUAUCUGGUGAAGUGGUGUGGCCUUCCCUACACGGAGGCAACAUGGGUUAGAGAGGAAAACCUGAGUCAAGAUGUUGCAGCAAUUUGCCGAUUCCACAAAAUAUCCCUGAGGACUUCUGCCGUACGACGAGCUGAAAUAUUGUCACAGGGUGUUUUCAAGGAUGGAAGGAGACUCAGGGACUACCAGGAGGCAGGUGUUGCAUGGCUUGAUCACAACUUUAAAAACCGAACCAAUUGCAUAUUAGCUGAUGAGAUGGGUUUAGGGAAGACCAUUCAGUCUGUCGCAAUGCUCGAGAACCUCCGUACAAAACGAAAAAUUCGAGGCCCAUUUUUGGUUGUGGCACCAGUAUCAACGCUUGGCCACUGGCGACGUGAAGUUGAGUCCGCGACGGAUAUGAAUUGUGUCGUGUAUACUGGAAAUCAAGAAGACAGGCAGAUAAUUAGAAACUAUGAAUUUUAUUAUGGUGAUGGAAAUUCCUCCGAAUUAAAAUUCAAUAUCUUGUUAACGAGCUUCGAAAUCCUCAUGAAGGACCAGAACAAGCUUGCAAGGGAGACUUGGCAAUACAUUAUCGUUGAUGAAGCCCACAGGCUGAAAUCUCGAGAGUCGAAAACAGCUCAAGCUUUACGACAACUGCGCGUGAGACACGGUGGUCUUCUGCUUCUAACAGGCACUCCUGUUCAGAAUAAUACGAAAGAGUUAUUUAGCCUCCUCUAUCUCCUUGAUCGGAACGAGUUUGACUCAGAGGAGGAUUUCCUUCUAAAGUAUGGCGACAUCAAGGCAGCUGAACAGAUCAAAGACCUUCAAGAUAAUAUUUUGAGACCCAGACUAUUAAGGCGUAUGAAGGAGGAUGUAGAGAAGAGUAUUCCUAUGAAGGAAGAGGUGACUAUCGUUUGGGUUGAAUUAACCAAGGAGCAGCGAGCUUUCUACCGAGCUAUCUAUGAAAACAAUAUUUCGACGUUAUUAAAGGGUUCGAUAGCCACCAACAUGCCGAGUCUUAGAAAUGUGGCCAUGGAGCUAAGAAAGCUGUGCAACCACCCAUUUUUGUGCGAUGGACUUGAGGAGAGUAUUGUGUUCAAGCAUCGCUCAUUGAACGAUGGCAAUGCUUCAAAUUUGGCUGAGACGCUACUUUCCCAGAGUUCAGGAAAGAUGGUAUUGGUCGACAAACUCUUGCCUAAACUGAAGGAAGCAGGUCGUCGCGUACUCAUCUUCUCUCAGUUCACAAUGAUGCUCGACCUAUUAGAAGACUAUCUUCUAUCAAAGGGGUAUUCCUAUGAACGUAUCGAUGGCAAAAUACGUGGUUCUGAUCGCCAGGCAGCUAUUGAUCGUUACUCGGCGAAAGAUAGCAGCAUCUUUGUCUUUCUUCUAAGCACUCGUGCUGGAGGAUUGGGCAUCACUCUUACAGCUGCAGACACAUGUAUAAUAUAUGAUUCUGAUUGGAACCCUCAAAAUGACCUCCAGGCCAUGGCUCGUUGCCACAGGAUUGGUCAAACCAAAGAUGUAAAAAUAUACCGGCUCAUCACAAGGAACACAUAUGAGCAACGUUUGUUUGAGUGCUCCUCAAGAAAGUAUGGUCUGGAUGAGGCUAUAUUGGGUAAUCGGAUGGGAGUUGAUGUAACCCAAGAUCAUAACAAAAAUAUUGAAAGCCUCCUUAAGCACGGAGCAUAUGACAUACUUAAGGAUGAUGGAGAAGCAGCAUCUGAAUUCAGCUCCCAAAAUAUUGAACAGAUUCUGGAGCAGAGAACUCAACAGCGACAGAUAGGAGGGCGAACGAACAAUACAUUUUCUGUCGCGACGUUUAUAUCAAAUCCUGAAUUAGCAUCUGAAGAUAUUCCUGAGGCAGAAUGUGAUGCAACAGCAUCGUGGCAUGAGUUGCUUCCCGAGGCUUGUGAGAAGGCUGUUUUGGAAGCUAUGGACUCGAAAUCACCAAUAUUGCCUUUGUCAGGAGGUCUCCGUAAAAGGACUCGCAGUGGGAUGAAUUAUAAAGACAUGGGUGUAUUCGUUGAGAAUGAAAAUUCAGAUGGAAAUGAUGCAUUAAGGAAAAUGAGGAAGUGUACAAGAGCCAGGGUUGGCCAGGAACCACAAGGGCUCGAUCCAUCUGUAAAACAAUGGUCUGAUCGAGAGCUUAAACGAUUAGAAGAUCAACUGUUUGCGCUGGGAAGGGGCCGCACUGAUCAAAUCAUGGGAGAAGCUCGACUAAGCCACCGUGGUUCUGAAGAAGUUGAAGAGGUUUCUGAAGCACUGAUCCAUCUUUGUCAGUACAUGCAAGUGUGUAAUGGCUUUGGAGUCUUUCAACCAGAUUCUCCAACAACGGGUGAAGUGACGGGGAAAGCAAGUGAUCGAAGAUAUCCAAUUAUUGGGCCAUCACUUUCAGCUAUCCAAGAACAGGGAAUUACAAAAUCGAAAUUAAUCACUAAAGUUGAGACCAGAAGCAAGCGAAACUGUGGUACUCGGGUAUUGUCUAAUGCAACUAAAUUGAUGAUCAACGGAGAGAUCCAACCUUCACGAGGAAAGUCUCAGCUUGACGCAGGAGGAGAAUCUUUGGAGGACACUCAUCACGAGCCCCCAGUAGUACCAGCUGUUGCUUUACUAGCGAUGCAAUCAUUAGAGUUUCAGCAACGACUUCAAAAAGAGGCCCAAAGGUAUUUGCAGUCCUUGGAGGAUAGCCAAUUAUUGGCUGAGGCUCUUCAGUCUCAACUUGGAGCUUUUCCCCCUCACGUUGCUUUCAGAUCAAAGAAGCUUCCAGAUUGGUGGGGGAAAAAGGAAGAUGCUGACCUUCUAAAGGCGGCACACCUGUAUGGUCAUAAAUUCUUUAAAAGGAUGAAGUCAGACACUAGUCUCUCCUUCGUUUCAAGGGUGAACACUCUUGUCAACACCAAGAAUUCCAACGCAAAAUCCCGUCCGAAGGUGCAGGACUCAAUUGGAAAGAAGAGCGAAGAUUUGCCCUCGGAAUCUGUGCUCUGCUCGAGGCUGAAGAAACUUACGGAGGCCCUACGCGACGCGGCAAGGAAGAAGGUGCCAGAGAUGGUUCACAUUUCAGAAUCCUCUCACAGGAAGGCAGGAGAUCGGCAAGGGUCUGAUGCAGCACCUUUGAAUGAAAAUCCAGAAAAGGCAAUUGGUGUUUUGAGUUGCCCUCCAUCUUCCAAUCAGCUCUGUAUGACAAAAAUCCUAACCGCUAGCUUGGCUAUGGAUUUUGAGAAGAAGGGUAAAGGAGAAGGUUCACAUUCCAAAGGAGCCUCUGGAACUCAUGCAGGCUUACCCGACUGCAAUAUGGCUGGAUCCAAGGGUAGAUUUCUUCGAUCCCCAUAUUUUUCAGGAACAGUGAGAUCAUCAAAAGUAUUUCGUCUGAAGAAAAAAAAGUCGUCAAGGUCCAGAAGGACUGUUCAGUUCAAGUCACCGAAACAGGAGGACGUAAUUUUCAAGGUUCUCAAGGACGAGAAACGUAAGGAAAUUCAGGAUUCUCUCAGACGUAAGCAACAAGCAAGUGAUAAACAUUAUGAAACUGGCAGUAGUAGCAGAAAAUACAGAAACGUUUCGUGCAAAUCGAGAUCUUAUCAUUAAAAUGCUCACUGUACCUUCAUUUUGUUAGUGCUCGUCCUGGUGGGUCGCCUUCUGUAGGUCUCGAAACUGAGGGUAUGGGAUAUGAGCUUAUUUAAUAGUGUUCACAUUCAGUGAACAGAUUUGUGGAAAUGAACUUCGGAUUGAAAUAGAUAGAAUUUCGUCAGGUCCGCAUCUGUCCUCUCUGACUUUAGCUGCUCUCAAUUUUUGAAUAUUCGGAGGAACAGAUUCAUAUUCAGAGAAAGAGCUACUCGCUCAAUCUGAUUGGUACAGCAGUUUUGAGUGAUUAUCAUUUCCUUGAGCAAUUGGGUAUUAUUAUCAAGUUACACCCCGUCA